AUGCAGAAAACACCGCAGCGUAUCGGCUCAAAAGUGAGCGAGACUAUCGACCGACUCAACACCCAUUGGGAUCUAGGUCUUCCUCGACUCCACGGGGCGGAGGCUGUGGAGGCUCAAUCGAAGGGGCAUCUUGCUAGGAAGUGUUCGAGCAAGAUCCGCUUUUUGUGCUUCAAAACGGACGAAAUCGAGCAGAUCCUCCAGAGCUUUGAAGAGAGCGCCCGGCAGACACAGUCGCGAUGGGUCUGGAAGCCAUCCCAGGUGCCUGGCACACUACCAGCCCUUGCGGUCACGAAAAGCCAGCUGGCAAAAGAUGUCCAAAUGAAAAGUGCAGCCGGUUUGAUACGCCUCACUGAGAGGCAAAGAGAGGAACUUCUGCAGGUCCUGCACCGGAUUCUCGACGAGCAUUAUGAGCUGGCUCGGAUGUCGAAGUCCUAUUCCUAUGAACGGCCAACAGCGACGAGCUUUGCGGCAGUGUCUCCCAUGCGAGCUGUUGACGAGCCUCAGGUUAAGGACCCAAUGAGCAGGUCUGGGAAACGAUCAUUGAGCUCUCCACAAGGAGAAAACAAGCGGCAAUCGACGCUGUCGCAGUUCCUCAAGCGAGGUGCAUCCCCUCCUCCUCAGGUUCCAAUUAUUCCACCAGACCCCCCAAGCUUUGAAACCAUGCCAUCAGCAAGAGUCUCUUCUGUCUUCACGACUGCGGAUGAGGCUGACGAUCCCUUAGCUUCCAACGACACCUCGAUGGCGAGCUCACCUGCCGAUGGAUCUCCAAAUUACUUUACCCAAGAUACUGCUGACCUCAUGAACGAUGAAACAUUCGAAAUCUCCUUCAAUGAGGCAUGUGCUACUGUCCCUGAUCUUCGCGACCCUUUUGACCUCAGUCACAACUCACCGUUCAAGAGGACUGCAUUGCUUCCGUCAACUGUUCCUUUUUGGUAUUGUUGGGAGAUACACCGCGUUGCAAGCAUGGCUGGACUCGUGCCCAUCGACGUGUACAAAACUGUUGCAAAGAAAGUGAGAAAGACCAACCCUACCUACGAUGAGAUGUGGAACGUAUUGAAAGAUCUGUGUCAUGACAAUGGAGUGAAGACUAUCGUCAAGUCAGAGAUCCCGUGUUGGAUAACAAAUGGAAAUCGAUACGAAAACCCGGAAUCCAACCAGGUUGUCUACCUGACAGGAAAACUCGACUGGGAUUCUUCACCACAAGCGCUGUUCACUUUUCACCCCAACGAGACCCAUCUGGAGAAAUCUUGCCGAUUGCACCGCAAAUUUGGUGCUGAUAGGUUUCUGGUCGUUUCUGCUCCAGACUUUUCACGAUGUCCGAAACAGACACGUCCUCCUGACUCAGAGAAGUUGCACAGGAGGAUAUGCGAAUUCCUUGUGGCAGGGCCUCAUAUUAUUGCAGGCAGAGAGUGGAAAGUAUUCUGGGUGGAACAAGAAAAGAAGAGGAAAAAGGAGGAACCUCGCCUUAAAAUUCACAUGUUUGCCGAAAAUGGGUAUGAUAUGGCCGAGCAUGGCUCAGAAGCUCUCCAGCCUCCAGCUUCUGAUUUCAAGAUUAACGGGCAACAUCGGGCGAUCAGCCUCGAACAACUGAUGGAAUGGCACAUGCCCAUUCUGCCCAACAUCAAGACCACGGACUUGAAGCUUUUCUCUCGGUGGUCUAUCGGCCUCUCAAAAACCACGCCUGCUGUUGUACUGGAGCAGAAUGAGUUUCUCUAUCUUCGUGAUGCUCCGGGCUCCGUGGUCAUGAAUGACGGCUGUGCUUUGAUGUCCUACAACCUUGCCAAAAAUAUCUGGCAGAGAUGUGGUGGCCAAGGUCCUCCGCCAAGUGCUGUGCAAGGUCGUAUCAGCGGUGCCAAAGGUCUCUGGCUAGUCGAUUACCACGACUCUUUUGCCGACGUGAGUCAACGUGGAUUCUGGAUCCAAGUUUCAGAUUCUCAGCUCAAGAUCAAGCCCCACCCCCGCGACCGGUCUGCAGAUGAAAGCCAACGAACGUUUGAGGUCUUGAAAUCUGCUGGCGAAUGCAAGGAGGCUCACCUGAAUAUCCAAUUGAUCACAAUCCUGGAGGAUCGAGGAGUUCCCCGAGCAGCUCUACGCAAAUUGUUGGAAGAUGACACGAAGUCUUACUUUGAAUCCCUAAAAGAAGCGAUGGAAGACCCCAAAGCACUCCGUGCAUGGAUGCAAGAACAUGGUCUGGCUUCGCGCACGGAAGUAACCAGAUUUUUGGGCUCAUUCCCGUUGGAUCGCAGGGACCAGAUGAAGUACCUGCUGGAGUCUGGAUUUGAUCCAACAGAAUGUGCCAGGUUGAAAGAUCUUGCGGCGGGAUUCUUGCAAGAGUAUAUGACGAACUAUGUGGAACGGCUGUGGAUCAAUGUUCCGUGUUCGACCGUUGUGUUCUGUGCGCCGGAUCCUUUGGGUGUGCUCGAAGAGGGCCAAGUCUUCAUCAACUUCACGUCACCGGUAUAUGACCCUGUUAAGGGCUAUCAUGAUACCGUUCUGGAAGGUCUGGAUGUUCUCGUCGCUCGAAACCCAGCGUACCUCGCAUCAGAUAUGCAGCUUUGCCAAGCGGUUUACAAGCAUGAGCUUCACCUCUACAAAAAUGUGAUUCUGUUCCCUGUCAAGGGUAAACAACCUUUAGCAUCGCUUUUGUCAGGCGGUGACUAUGACGGAGAUACGGUGACGGUUAUCUGGGAUCCCGAUAUUGUGCGAAACUUCAGCAAUACUUCACCCCCUAAACUGCCAACCGAAGAGCAGUGCGGAAUGGUCCAGAUGUCGCGGCCUUUGUCCAGCAUUUACGAUGGCGUCCAAGCCUUUCCGAUGCAGGAUUUCCUCGAGCAUUGCGUCUCCUUUAAUGCUCGCCCUGGCUUGAUGGGGGUUUGCUCCAGCGAGCAUGAAAAGCUUGUUUAUUCACUGAGCCUGAAGCGCGGAUGCGAUAUAUUGGCACAUCAAGGGGCUAUCAAACUGGCAGCACUUGCGGGUUAUCUGGUUGACUCAAGCAAACAAGGAUGGUAUCUCGCCCGGAAGGCCUUUCACGCCAUCCGCCGCGAGGCUUCCGGCCCUAAGGAACUUCCAGUUCCUGCUUUCAAAGGAGACAUUGCGCCGCUGAGAAUGUUCGGUACCUAUCUUAAUGUUAUAGAUUUUCUCAAAUUUGAAGUUGCUGGGACAUGCAGAGAACAGGCGCUGACCGUUUUCGGGAAGCUUCGUUACUGUGUCAAGUAUGACUCGGCUUUAAGCCUGAGCUGGAAGAAAGAAGUGGCGAAGGCGACCCAAGAGACGGCGAUCAUAAAAUCAGCGAUACCCACGAGGAGGAGCACCUCUGCCGGGAAGUCGAAAAAGGUGGGAGGUCUCCUUAAGGAUGCGACUGAAAGACCAGGUGAGCAAGGCCACAGCAUGCUGAAAGAUCUUUUGGAAGGCCCAGAUGGCUUGCUGGGUCAAAUAAAAGAAGUGAAAGAGAGGGCAAACAGACUGGCCGUGAUGAGGAAUCUUGCUGAUUCUACACCUACAAACUCCGUGGACCGCGGGAAAUUUUAUGCCGAAGUGCUUGCGAUCCACGAGCGAUACCAGGCGAUUGAACCCAAGGAUAUCGAUCACCCUCUUCGCCGCCAAUUUGAAGAGGAGCAAAAUCAUCCUUACUCCAAGUGGGCUUUGCUUCGCGCCUCCUGCCUCCACUACAACGUUUGCUCGAAGGGGCGAUUCCCAGUCUGGGUCUGGUACAUUGCCGGACGUGAGCUCUGUUAUCUCAAGACAUUGAGCCAUCAGGGCGAGAUGCGCGUAAUGACGAUGGAGAUGCACAGUAUUCUCAAGGUCGAUACCAAAUUCACCAAAAGCCUGCUGGAAGGAAAGUCUUCUGAAGGCGACGACGUCUUUUACGAUGCUUUGGAACAGCCAAGCUUGCAUGAUGAUGACUCGGAUUAUGAUGAUGAAGAUUAA